CUCAUCUUCAACUUACUUAUCCAUUCACUUGAAUCUAAGUAAUUCAACAAUUCAACAUUCAAAGAUAUUCAGUUCGAAUACUUUUCUUAGAAUCAGGUUGAUAAGCAUCGGCGAUAUUGCAAGAUGCCUCCCCGUGCUUCACGAGCCGGUGCGAGAGGACGGGGUCGCGGCCGUGGACGCGGAUCGGCUAGGGGUGGACAAUCAGGUGCCGCAGACAGAGUCGAUGGAGAAACUGUCCCCGACAUUCCAUCGCAGACCCAAGCACAGGACUCUGAUGGAAGUGACUUGGUGAUGCAAGAUGCAUCCGUGCGCCCAAUCGAGAUCUCGGCAACACCCGAGCUUCAAUCUGAACAAUCAACCGCCCCUAGUGCAACGCAGUCACGAGCCCCGAGUGCUGCGCCGUCACGUGUUGGUGGUCGAUUCAGACCUAGGAAUGUCCGCAGAGAUGCGGCAGAACGAGCAAGGCUCGAGGAGGAGAGAAACCGUGAUCUGAAUAUGAAGAUCAAGGAAGAGGAGCGAGAGCUCCGGGCUGAAGAACGGCGAGCACGACGAGGCCGUGGAAGGGGAGACUUGUCUCAACGAGGGUUUUCUCGGCGAACUAUCACUGCUUCUGGCCCGUUCUCUGGAGUGCCCCAAGAGAAUAUCGGCUGGGGACCAAAGACCGACCGUACUGGGUUCAGUUCUCAGUAUUCAUUUACAAGAUAUAAACCUAGACGAGAGAAUGAGCACAGAAUUAAUGUCGACACUCUCAAUGGGUAUACCGAGUAUGAGGACAGCUCUCGCGCCUUUGGCAAGUCGCGCGGAACCAUGCCAGUCGGUCUGCUUCGUAUCCAGCACGAAGAAGAAGAGGUCAAAGUCAAGACCACGGCAGAGCUCGAGGCCGAAGAACGCCAAUCGUCCGAUGACGAGGAUCUAUUCCUUCCCGAGUCGGCCGAAGACCUGCGAAAUGUCGGCAUGCCAGAAGAUAGUGAAGUCUGGCAUGCCGCUCCCAAAAAGAGCCAGGUCAAAGUGAAGACCGAACCGGGUACCGAGCCUGAUGCAAUGGACAUCGACAUGGCAAACAUACCCGAUGCAACACAAGCCAAGGCACCUCCGCCAGAAACAAAGAGGCUUGUCAAUGAAGUUGGUGCCGCGGCUAUCAAGCGAAAGCGCAAGUCGAAGGCCGCCAAGGACCCCGAAAUCGCGCAGACCAUAUACGAUUUACAAUACCAACUCGAUACCCUCAGUUUUCACGAUGCUCCCGCUGGAAAGGAGGGUGAAGGCCAAGAACCACGACGCCAAUCUAAAGACGACCAGAUCAUGCUCUUUCAGUUACCACCCAUCCUGCCGCCGUUAGCCCGGCCUACGAAUGAUUCGGACGAGCAGACGGACGGUGAUGAUGUACGGAACGCUAGUCCCCAAAACCAAACCAAAGUCAAGACCGAGGAAGGCGCCAAGAAGGAAGAAGGAGAUUGGAACCCCUUCGGAACCCUUCCGCCGGAGGGAGGUCUCAUCGGCAAGCUCAUCGUGCGCAAGUCGGGCAAGAUCGAGUUCGACUGGGGAGGAACUACGCUCAGCGUGGGGGCCGGAGCAGAAGCGGAGUUCACGACUACCGCGCUCAUGGUCGAGCAGAACGUGGACCUACAGAAUCCGGAGCUGAGCACCGGAGUUGCUUGCGGCAUGGGCCAGAUCAAUAAUAAGUUUGUGGUAGCGCCGGUCUGGGACGAGGAGGAGGAUUGGGAUCCGAACCUCGACGAGAUUGGGCUUUGAGGAAUGAUGAUUAGUUACUGGCCUGGACUACUAUAGCGCCAAGCCCCGUUGGAAGAGUCGGAACAAUGUAUCACGAGUAUUUCACGAUGGGUCCCAGUUGUCUGGGUCAAAUCGCAGGGUUCGGUUAUUUUUCUGUUGGGAAUAUAAAAAAAAGGUUCCGACUGGCUCCUGGGCUCUAGGCACCGGGCACCGGAUGGUGAAGCCAAAAUCAAGCAAAAAACUAUGAUACCCCUAG